AUGGUUUGUGUGAGGUGCAAUACGUCUCAAGCCAUAGUCAUCCGAGCCAAGGACAGGGCCAAGGUCUGCAAGUCUUGUUUCUUUGAGGGAUUUGAGGUAGAUGUUCAUGAAACUAUAGUUUCCUCUGGAAUGUUCAGAAAAGGAGAUAAGGUUGGGAUUGGGAUGAGUGGAGGAAAAGAUAGUACAGUUCUAGCUUAUGUAUUGGAUUUGCUCAAUAAAAGGCAUGGAUAUGGGGUAGAGCUUGUAUUGCUUGGUGUUGAUGAAGGAAUAACAGGAUACAGGGACCAGUCGAUUAUGUCUGUAUGUAAGAAUAGCUCUAGGCUUGGGCUGAAGCUUAAGAUAGUGUCAUUUGAAGAAACAUUUGGAACAACGAUGGAUAAGGUUGUUCGAAAAGUAGGAAGGAGAGGUAACUGCACGUACUGUGGAGUAUUUCGUCGGCAAGCACUUGAAGAUGCAGCAAGAAAGAUGGGGGUUGACGUAAUAGUGACGGGGCAUAAUGCAGAUGAUAUGGCUGAGACUGUCUUGCUUAAUAUUGUCCGAGGAGAUAUUUCCAGGCUUAGAAGAUGCACUUUAGCAAGAACAAAACCACAAAGGAGCGAGGAUGGAAGAAUGAUUUCUCUUUCCAGACUGAAACCAUUUAAACACAUCUAUCAAAAAGAGAUAGUGCUCUAUGCUUUUCAUAAGAAGCUGGAAUAUUUUUCCACAGAGUGUACAUACUCUCCGGGAGCAUCUCGAGGGGACCUGAGAGUAUUGAUGAAACAACUAGAAAGAGAAGACCCAAAAGUGAUAUUAGAUGUAAUAAGAAGUGGAGACAUAAUUCAGCAGGAGGAUUCCACACACAGAUCACCUAUACCAUGUGUUUUGUGUGGGCAUUCAACAUCCUCUCGCGAUGCUAUAUGCAAUGGAUGUACACUGGUACGAAGGCUGAAACAAUGCAAGAUCUGA